CUCGAAUUUCGGUUUUCGUUUCAAGAAUCAAAAGAAAAGAAAAAAAAAAAAAAAGCCCUAAUUUCUCUGCUCGUCCGAGGUUACUCUGCACCAGAUUUCGAACCUGGUUUCCGUUUUCUUGGUUUCUGGUAUGUGUGUUCAUGCAUUUCUGCUAUCCAGGUCAUUGCGGAUCGAAGGUUUCGGGGAGAAAAGAUGUCGGAUUCAACGAGAAGGUAUGAAAUAGGAUAUGCUCUUGCGCCCAAGAAACAGCAGAGCUUCAUCCAGGUUUCUUUGGUGAAUCUUGCAAAGGAGAGAGGUAUCGAUCUUAUACGAAUCGAUGCUGAUAAGCCGUUGGUGGAUCAGGGCCCCUUCGAUUGUAUCCUUCACAAAUUGUCCGGCGAAGAAUGGAAGAAACAGCUGCAGGAUUAUUCUUCGAAGAACCCUAAUGUGUUUAUAAUCGAUCCACCGGAUGCAAUUGAGAGGCUGCAUAACAGGAUUUCAAUGCUCCAGGUGGUGUCUGAAUUGAAAAUCCCUCAGGAGAAUGAGACGUUUGGAAUACCAAAACAGGUUGUGGUCUAUGAUUUUGAAACGUUGUUGGAUCCUGCUGCGCUGGAAGGGUUGAGGUUUCCUGUGAUUGCGAAGCCGUUGGUGGCCGAUGGGAGUGCGAAGUCGCACAAGAUGUCGCUUGUGUUCAACCGUGAUGGGUUCAGCUUGCUGAAGCCACCGAUUGUUCUGCAAGAGUUUGUGAAUCAUGGUGGGGUUAUCUUUAAGGUGUACGUCGUUGGGGACUAUGUGAAGUGCGUGAAAAGAAAAUCGUUGCCCGAUGUAUCGGAGGAGAAGUUGGGGAGCUCGGAGAGUUCGUUAUCGUUCUCGCAGAUAUCGAACUUGACCAUACAGGAUCGGAACGACGGCCGCUAUUACGAGACUAUGCAUUUGGAAGAUGCUGAGAUGCCCCCGCUGAGUUUCAUUACGGACAUUGCAAGAGGAUUGCGACAGGCCAUGCGGUUGCAUCUUUUCAACUUUGAUGUCAUCAGGGAUGCAAGGGUAGGGAACCAUUACCUCGUCAUUGAUAUCAAUUACUUCCCUGGGUAUGCAAAGAUGCCAUGUUAUGAGACUGUUUUGACGGAUUUCUUCUGGGACAUUGUUCACAAGAAAGAGGCGGUGGGUUUGGUUAAGGAAGAGAAACCAGAGAUGGGUUCUGAUUGUCGGAGGAUGCCUAGUGGGGAGAUAAAGCUUGCCAGCAAUACUUGUUGCAGCGACGGGGAUCAUGGGGCCCUCCCGCUUUCUCCUUUGUCAUUGGAAUUGGAAGAGAAGGAGAGCACCGUUCAAAUCUGGGAACAAUAACGGGACACAUGUGUGGCUUGCUGGCUUAUUGGCUGGAAGAGUGGUCAAUAGAUUUUGCUUCAGCACCUUUGAACGUCCCAAACACGUCGUUUGCCAAUUUCGAGGUAGACUGAAGAAUGCGGCACCCAAGUUUUCAAAUUAAAGUUGGCAUGGUGGUCGAAUAAAUAGGUUGAAUGCUUCGUAGUUCCGCCUCUGGACGUGUUUCAUGUUGAUCUUGUAUAUUCCACCAUUGUGCUGGACAUAGGUAUUUCUCAAAUACUUGAAGUUCUAGGAAGGUUGGAGGUGUUUUCCGAGGCUUAUGUAUUCCCAUGCUUCCAAGCUGUUUUAACAUGUCAAAUGUUCACACAUAUAAUGCAUGAAUUCUGCCAUUUUGUCCAUAAUAUUCUCUAUUUGUUUAUUCACUCAUUUAUUUAUUUUGU